AUGGUCUUACUACCGCUGAUAUCGUUCUCGCUGCUGCUGCUGCUGCUGCUUGCAGAUUCACAUGGCACCAUCGCCACCCUGCCAUGUCAGGAAGAUAAGGACGCCAGCGGUGUGAACACAGGUUCCCCAUACGCACCUUCGGGCUUGACCUGUUACAGAGAGUGGACGUCGGAUGAGCAGAUGAGCGGCGACAAGCCUUUCCGAUGCACGUGGAUCAGAGGGAGGGACCCAGCAGAGUACAGGCUGUGCUACUGCUGUGACACAUGCAAGACCUGCAAACGGUUUCAGGUGGGGAACAAUACGUCCCACAUCCUGCACCGUGACGAUUUCUACCUGACCAAAAACCUGACCUUCUGGGUCGAGACUACGGGGGGCAAAGCGAUGGUGAAGUCAGCAAAGCUGUAUGUGGUGCCGCAGAACACUAUCAAGUACGCGCCUCUAUCGAUGGAGAAAGUAGACAUGGCACGGACGGCAAACCUACUCACACUACGCUGGAAGAAGCCAGAAAUGAAGGGGAUUUUCAACCAGAUACGAUAUCGACGGCUGGGAUCUGAGGUGUGGAACCAGACAAUCUGCAACUCAAGUGAAUCGAAGACUCAUGAGAACUGCACGAUCCAGCUGCAUGCGGCCUUUGCUCACCAGCUCCAGAUUCGCAGGAUGCUUCAAAACAUCUGGAGUGAAUGGAGUGACGUUGCCUUCAUCCCAGCUGCCAUCACCAAGAGGUUGGAACUGCAGUGGAAGCUUGUCGACAACCUCCCACAGUGCCCAGGCAAGCGGCUAGUGGAGCUGAAGUGGCAGUCCCCGACGGAGCCAGACAUCGGGGUCACAGGUUACAGACUGACCAUCCGGCCGUUGAUCGACGGGAUGCGCCGCAUCAGCGAAGAACUGAACCAAACAAGUUACAAAACGACGCUCUCCCUGGCUCCGUACAAGGUUUCUGUCGUUGCCUUGAACAGAGUGGGCACGUCGCCGCCCCAGACCAUCGCCAUAGCAGCCGGUCAGCACCAAGGUCCACCCAACCUGAACCUUAGUGUGGUUGAUAACCACACCCUGAGAGCCUCAUGGAGUGAUCGCAGCACCAGCUUCUACUGUGCCAUUCUCGAGCUGGUGUCUACAGAAACCAUCCAGCACAACCGAUGCCUAUCCAUCAAGCACCAGGAACGCAAGAAGAAUAAUGGUCUCCCUAAGUCAACAGGGCCACAAGGGACUGCGGACGCAAGGACAAUGGAGUUUGUAGGCCUGGAGCCGCUGAGACGUUACCGCCUCACCGUUUACGUCAAGGAUUUAAAGGAGAAGAAAAAGUGUCGAGGAAAGACUGGCUCCACCAUUGGUCAAGUACGCGCCUCUAUCGAUGGAGAAAGUAGACAUGGCACGGACGGCAACCUACUCACACUACGCUGGAAGAAGCCAGAAAUGAAGGGGAUUUUCAACCAGAUACGAUAUCGACGGCUGGGAUCUGAGGUGUGGAACCAGACAAUCUGCAACUCAAGUGAAUCGAAGACUCAUGAGAACUGCACGAUCCAGCUGCAUGCGGCCUUUGCUCACCAGCUCCAGAUUCGCAGGAUGCUUCAAAACAUCUGGAGUGAAUGGAGUGACGUUGCCUUCAUCCCAGCUGCCAUCACCAAGAGGUUGGAACUGCAGUGGAAGCUUGUCGACAACCUCCCACAGUGCCCAGGCAAGAGACUAGUGGAGCUGAAGUGGCAGCCCAGACCAUUUCUUGUUCAUAAUUCCCCGUCCCUGCCAACGUCCUCGAUAAUCUCCCCUGAGUCCUUACGGCUGGUGUCAAAAUCCAUCUGA